AUGGACAGUUUAAAAAAGAUAGUUGCUUAUAAAGCAGUAGACGAAUAUGUACAAUCGAAUAUGACGAUAGGACUGGGAACAGGUUCUACGGUUUUCUAUGUGCUUGAACGUAUUGAUAAUUUAUUAAAAAGUGGAAAAUUAAAAGAUGUUGUAUGUAUACCCACAAGUAUCGACACAGAAUUGAAGGCGAGAAAACUGGGUAUACCCUUGACCACAUUAGAAAAACAUUCAAAUAUUGAUAUUACCAUAGAUGGAACUGAUGAAAUAGAUUUAAAUUUAAAUUUAAUAAAAGGAAGGGGGGGAGCCUUAGUUCGUGAGAAGCUUGUCGCUUCUAGUUCGUCCCUUUUCAUAAUAAUUGGUGAUGAGUCCAAAUUAUGCACUAAUGGAUUGGGCAUGACAGGGGCUGUUCCUAUAGAAAUCCUUACAUUUGGAUAUGAAAAAAUCAUAGAGAAUUUGUUAAAAAUAUAUACACUCAAAGGAUGUACAUAUAAAAUAAGAAAGAGAAACGGGGAAAUAUUUAUUACUGACAAUAAAAAUUAUAUUGUAGAUUUUUUUUUUACUGAGCCUAUACAAGAUUUAUUAGAAACAUGUACAAGAAUUAAAAUGACUACAGGAGUUGUUGAUCAUGGUAUUUUUGUUAACAUGACGAAUGUAGCUUUAAUAAGUAAACACGAUGGAACUGUAUUAACAUUAAACAAAAAAUAUGAAUAA